CAGGGAAUUAUGUCUGUGCGAUAUGAAGCAGGAACACUAGAAGUAAUGGGUGAAAUCUUUAUAAGGGAAUUAAAAAGAAUAGGUUUUGCAAUUUAUACCCAGUUUAAUGAUUAGAAGUGGCUGUAGAACGAGUAAAGAUGUCUCAGAGUAGUUAGUAAUUAAGGAAAGAUGUUAAACAGGUUACUGCCAAGUGAAGAUUAAUCAGCCUAUUGAAAUAUUUAGUGAUUCUUGAAUAACCCAGGGUCAUUCCAAAGGUGCACACUUAUUGGUCUCUCUCCCGGUAAACUAAUCUCACUAUAAUAUCAUUACAUGCUAUUCCCUUCGAUCUGCGGGUGUUUGCUAAGCUGGAAUUGGUGUUUAAGUCCCGUGUUAUGUUGUGUUUGGGCUAGGUCAUUUAAUUGCUGGUGAGUGUCAGAUCUGUUUAUGUGCCGGGCUGUGCUGACUCAGGUGAAGGAAAACCCUUGCACGUCUACACUCUCAGUGUCACUUAGUGCAGACCUCGUGAGGAGGAUGUGAAGGCAGGAGUGUCGCCCUGUGUGUCCUGCAAUGCCGAAUCGAUGUAUUGCGUUUGGGUGUACUGAAAAAAAGAACAAAAGAUCUGAUUCAUCCAUUACGUUUCACAAGCUGCCAAAGGAUCCCUGCAGGAGACAGAAAUGGGUCUUAGCUAUGCUAAGAGACGAGCACACACCAGGCAAGAAGGCGCGCCUCUGCUCCAGGCACUUUGGUCCAGAGGACUUCGACAGAGCGAGGCUACUGGAUGAUGCUGUGCCAAGUGUAUUCAAUGUUUUCCCUGUCCACCUGCAGAAAAAGAGAAAUAAAAGUGAGCGGGAGGAACGAGAACAGGUGUGCAGCGGUUAUUAGCUCAGAAAAUGAGAUUCCUCGUUGAUUCUUUUCUGGUACGCCAAGACUCGCUCAGGGGUCGUGGUGUCCCUCUGUAUUUCGGCAGGGAAGCGUAAAAUUAAGCUUCUUCCAGUAUGCAUCCAUGUCCGAGAUUCAAACAUUUUCGUCACUUCUCGUUAUUCUUCGAGUCAAAAAAAAAAAAAAGUAUUGAAAAAAAGUAAAUAUGUAAAUUGUAGUUUCUCUAACACGUUGCUCUCACUGUCCUUUUCUUUUUUUUAUUGGUUUGUUUAUAUUGUUAAAUUUUGUUAUAUUCUUUAUCUCAUUACUUUUUUUUCUUUAAAGUAAAAAUAAAAUAAAAACGUCAUAAUUCUU